GGGGCGGUCUGAUAUGAGAUUAGCAUGUCUGUUUUCUUAUCCCUCGUUAAAUGAAGGUAAAAAAUAAGGCAUCAGUACUUCCAAAAACUUAAAAAGAAUAAAUGGAUUACAUUUGUUUUAUAUUAGUUUCUCACUGCAACACUUCUUGUGUGGACUUAAUAGUGAUAAAAAUGUUUUGUAAUUUUUUUACACGUUUAAGCAAUGAAUAAUGUGCAAAAAUGAGUGAGCCGCUCUUCCACGACAGCAGGUGGCGCCGGUGAGCUGCGGACUCAUUGUGUGUCUGUACGGGAAGAAAUAGAAAGCGCAGUCGUUCAAACAGACAGCUCUGAUGGAGUUCGAAUGGAGUCUGAAAUUGGCUCAAUUUCAGGCUUUUUGUCGUGGUUAUUUAAAGAGGAGAGAUCUGGAUUCGGUUCGGACCCAGUUUGAGGAUAUUGUUCGUGAAAUUGAUGGAGGUUUGGAUCAUCUUCACUGGAAAGGAAAAAUCAUAUCUAAACCUCACUUCACUGACACUGUGAGCUUCCAUGAAAGUUUGUUACUGCAGUAUGGACGCUCCAAGAAUCAGUCCCAUGACCGUGUGGACAAUUCGACUACUGAACAAAACAUAGACAAUAUGGACAGUGAAAUACCUGCCCCAACACCUGAUGUCCUGGUACCUGAGAAAGACGAAGCUCCUGAAACAUCUGACAGAGACAGUUGUACACCUCUUGAUGCAGAGAGUGUGGUCAUGCCAAAUCUUGCGGAGGAUUCUACAACACUUUGGAGUUCCAUGAAUCGAAAUGUUAGCAGCAGCUUUCUUCUGAAAGAACAACAUUUGCAUUUUGCUUUGAAAGACACAGAACACACGUCUGAAUCUUUGAAACAGCAGCGGAGCACUUUGGCCAUGGAGCUGUUGUGGAUCCAGCAAGCUAUUAGUAGCAGAAAGAAAUAUCUGACCCUUAGACAGAGAAUGGAUGUUUCUCACUGAUUCAGGACCUUGAAGUGGACCAAUGUUUUUUAUUUUUUCCAGUCUGUAAAGUUUUUCCUCUGAGAGGAUUUUCUUUCCCUGCUAAUAGGUAAAAAAGGUUUAUGCCACACAAUGUGUGUGAAUUGUAUUUUAUAUUUAUUACACUGUCUUACAGAUACCAAACUGUCUGUGUUAAAAAAUAUUUUAUUAUAUAUGCUGUAACAUUUACAAAAUACAAUAAAAUAUUGCACAAGCAUGUUUUAUGUGACAUAUAGCUAAUUAAUAAACCACCAAACUUCAUGACAAAAUGACUGGAGUUCCAAACCAAACUGUUUGUUCAGAACUGUUAAGACUAUGUGCUGGCACUGCAUGGGCUUUUAGAGUACUGUUGUAAAUAAGUAUUAUUUCUAGAACUGAAUAAAUCAGAUGAGUUUUUUUCUUCCUCGUAAAGUUUUUUUAUAUCCCUGUGGCUCUUGAUGUGUGAUGUUUUUGUUCUCUUGGUGUCAGGUGAUGAAAAGGUUUAAUUCUCAGAAGACAUAAACAACCCCAUAACGCAUGCACUCAUACACAUCAUUUAAGUGUAUGCACCAUCCUAAAAAUUCCAAUCUGUGGUCCUUUUUGUGGUUCAGCACAAUUAUUUUUAAUGUCUUCAGGAAUGGAAAUAAAGUUGACCAAAUCAUCUCUUACAUUUAAGGAUUUUCUGUUGCCCUCUGUCUAACCCUCUCUUGUGUUUGCCC